AUGGGGGCUACCUAUGGUAUCACAUUUGGCGGCUUGUUUGCCACCGUACUGCAGAUUGGGUCUACGUUCUUCCCAGCGCGCCCUGCGGCCUUGCCACUCGCGGUCAAGUCAGCAUACUUUAGUGCUUGGCUUCCUGCAGGAAGCAAUGAUAACAAGGGUGGCUAUCUUCCUGGUCGGUGGCCAACAUUCUGGACGUACACACAUGCAUACUCACGACAAUGCUGGCCAGAGCUAUUCUUAUGCAGGCGCCAGUAUCUUGGAUGGACUGGAUUGAUAGAGUUCGAUGGGAAGGCUUUGACGUGGAUGGGCGCCCCGAGUUAA